CUGCGUGUCUAUCGACGUGAUCGUGUUGUGCGCAUCAACUGCUGGAAGGGGCUCCCCUUGACGCGAGAGGCUAUGAGCAAGCGCAGUGUCCGCUAUCUUAACUGGGCGACUAUAUAGCCUCCUUCUUUUUUCUUGCGAAGGCCACCGAUAAAUACAACAGCCCAGCUGCUCCCGCUUCGUCACAUUGCACGCUCCUCGAAUUCGAUUAUCAAGUUUUCUUUUGGAGAGGAAAUCGCGAUAUUUUAUUACGGAGAAAAUUGACUUUACCGGACAUCCACGUUUUGAGAAAAGCGGACUACUCAUCACAAUCGUCUGACAUUUCGUCUUCCAUUUUCGAUCGUGAACUACGAGACAUCAAGAAUGGUUUCCAAAGUGUUGGUCAUCCUUUUGGCAGUUGUCGUCUUGAGCCAGGCCGUCCUCAGUUUCGAUCCGCAUUACUUUGACGAAGUAACAGACGAUCAGAUGGCUAACGAACAACAAUCUGCUGGAUUGAACUAUUUUACCGACAACGCUGAACCUCUAAUGGAUAACGCCCAAAAACGUUCGCCUUUGAUUUAUGUUUCCAGACGAUCUUGCAUCCGACGCGGAGGCAGCUGCGACCACAGGAGGAACGAUUGCUGCUUCAGUAGCUCCUGUCGUUGCAACCUGUGGGGAUCCAAUUGCCGAUGCCAUCGGGCUGGACUCUUCCAGAAAUGGGGCUAAGAAAACGACCCACUCAAACAACAGAAAAGGAAUUGAUUCGGAAACAUUCAUUUCUUCAAUACCUUCCCCAUAGAAUAUUCCCAAACACGACGGAGCAGAUCUCAGCCCCCCCACAAGAGAAAACAUCACCAGCCAUCAGGACAAAGCAUAAAAUUAUUUGAAUUCUCAAUAAGUUUUGUUUUGUUUUUAGAAAAAAGAUGAUUUAUUUAAAGCCAAUCGUCCUAUUUUCGACAUUAGCAAUUUGUUAAUCCAUUGGUUUUUCAGCUCCAUUAUUCUUUCGAAGAAAAUUCUAGUCGUUCAUGUCGAUAAGGGAAAUCGCUUUCCGGACCCUCCACAUCCACAAUUUCAAGAAUUUAUUACGCAACUCGAAAAGAGAAAAUCGACAGUCAUGUUGAUUCAAACCUGAAUUGAAAAAUGAGUUGAUAUGAUUUUUCAUUUUCUCAAUAUUCUUCCAAAACACAUGAUAUAUUAUUACCAUAUAUUAAUAUUGAUUUUUCUAAAAAUUAUUUUCAGAUUGGCAUUCCUCUUAUAUCUGUUUCUGCCCUUUCAAUCAAGAAGGGGCAUCUCUGUCUAUUUCCAUACGCCUGUGUAAUUCCCAGCUGUUUUUUGUUUCAUCGUUCAAUGUUCAAUUCACUGUUGUAUUAUUAAUAUAACACAUAAUUAAUUGUA